CAACGCUCUUGCGCGUUGUGUCCCUAGCAGAGCUGUGCUUUUUACAGUGGUCACAGCUGUUGUACUAAUAUAGUUAAAUUUGGAAACAGCACAUGAGUGCAAUUCAAAAUGAUAGAAAUUUUACUGUUGAUAAUUGUUGCCGUCGUCAGCAUCCUCUACGUCGCCCGAGUCAAGCGGCAUCCUCAUUUCCCUCCAGGACCUCCAAAUUAUCCAAUCUUUGGUAGUCUUCUUGCCCUAAGGAAGAACACGCCUUUGCACGAGACUGUUUUCCAACUUUCAAAAAAGUACGGACAAGUGGUUGGACUCUUUCUGGGUCCAAGUGCAAAGACGGUUGUGAUAAACGGGUAUGAGGCAGUCAAGCAUGUCUUAUCAAGGGAGGACUUUGCCUUUCGACCUGACGGUAUCUUGAUUCGGGCUAGAUCUUACAACAAGAAAUUAGGUGUUCUCUUCAGCGAUGGCCCAUUGUGGAAAGAGCAGCGGCGCUUCACUUUGCGCCACCUACGGGACUUUGGUUUUGGCAAGAAGGGCAUGGAAGGCCUCAUCCACGAGGAAAUCAACACCCUGAUAAACAACCUGAACCAAAGAAUCGCUGCUUCUAAGGAUGAAAUGGAAACUGAGGGAAUCCAGAUCAAGGACCUGUUCCCAGUCUCUGUCAUCAACAUUCUCUGGGCGAUCAUGGCCGGUGUCCGUUACGACCACAAAGACGAAAACUUCCAGGUACUGAUGCACAAUGUCAACGAGUUCUUUCGCAACGGAAAUCCUACUGGUGGGAUAAUGGUGCUGCCAAUCUUACGCUUUGUUCCUUUCGUCAAUGCUCCCUACAACAGACAGUUGGUGUCUGUCAAAGUCCUGCAGGAAUUUAUUCAAAAAUCUAUCAACGACCAUAAAGCUACUUACCAGGAUGAUAACAUGAGAGAUUUUCUCGACGUUUUCAUCAAGGAAAUGAAGGAGCAGCAGAACGAAGAGUAUUCAACGUUCACUGAACAACAGUUGGUGGUUUUGUGCAUGGAUCUUUUUUUGGCUGGGACUGAAACGACAGCCAGUAGCUUGGGCUAUUUCUUCCUCUACUUGAUGCAAUACCCUGACGUUCAAGAAAAAAUGAGGCAGGAGAUUUUCCGUGUGGUUGGCCGAGACAGGCUUCCCUCCUUGGACGAUAUGCCUAAGCUGCACUAUGUCCAAGCUGCAACGUGGGAAGUUUUGCGAAUGGCGAAUUUGAUUCCUUUUACAAUUCCUCACUUCACUAAGCAGAAAACCGAACUCUUUGGUUACAGCGUUCCGAGGAAUUGCUUGGUCAUGGUCAACUUGUAUUCUGUCAUGAUGGAAGAUUCCUGGGGUGAUCCUAGAGUUUUCAGACCAGAACGCUUCAUGAAAAAUGGUGUCUGUGUGAAGAAUGAGCGUCUGAUAUUAUUUGGACUAGGACCACGGGUUUGUCUGGGAGAACCCCUCGCCAAGAAUACGUCUUUUCUUUUCCUAGCCGCUCUUCUUCAAAAGUUCAGAUUUGGCAUACCAUCUCUGCACCGGAAACCAAAUAUGGACCAUUUACAAGGCUUUACCAGUUCACCCAGACCUUACCAAGUUUGUGUCACGCCAAUAUUAACCUCACUCCGCCUGUGUCUCUUACGUAACCCUUAUCUCAUUUUAAAGUUUAUCCGCGACACAAACAUGAUAAUUGAAAUAAUUUUGCUGUUCAUUGUCGUUAUUCUAAGCGUGCAAUAUAUUGGUGCUGCAAGGAAGAGUGGUAAUUUCCCUCCAGCUCUGCCUAACUAUCCCAUACUCGGGAGUUUACCAUCUCUUAGAGCAAGCACACCCUUGCACGUGACUGCCUGCAAUCUUGCAAAGAAAUAUGGACCAAUUUUCGGCAUCUAUUUAGGGCCCACAAGAACAACGAUUGUUGUAAAUGGCUACGAGGCUGUCAAAAAUGUUUUAUCGAGGGAAGAUUUGGCUUAUCGGCCUGACGCUAUUCUAUUUCGAGAGCGGUCUUACAACAAGCGUCUCGGUGUACUAUUCAGCGAUGGUCCGCUCUGGAAGGAGCAACGACGGUUUACUCUCCGUCACUUGCGUGACUUUGGAUUUGGCAAGAAAAGCAUGGAAGGAUGCAUUAAUGAAGAAAUCAGUACACUCAUGGAUAACUUGAACCGGCGCAUAUCUGACGCUAAAGACACCAUGAAGUCAGAGGGCAUCAAAAUCGCAGAUCUCUUCCCAGUGUCAGUAAUCAACAUCCUGUGGGCGAUAAUGGCUGGAGUCAGACACAGCCACGAUGACGAGCACUUUAAAGCACUGAUGCACAGUGUCAAUGAGUUCUUUCGAAAUGGAAACCCUUCUGGUGGCAUCAUGGUGAUGCCAAUUCUCCGUUUUUUGCCCAUAAUCAAUGCUGGAUACAAAAGGCAAUUGGAGUCUGCAGAAAUGUUGAAAAUAUUCAUUCAGAAAACCAUUGAUGAACACAAAGCCACAUAUCAAGAUGAUUCUAUGAGGGACUUCAUUGACGUUUUUAUUAAAGAAAUGAAAGAAAACGAAAAUAUUGAGAACUCAACUUUCCAUGAACAACAACUGGUGAUUCUUUGUAUGGAUUUAUUUUUGGCUGGAACUGAAACCACCGCAAGCAGCUUGGCAUAUUUCUUCCUUUAUUUGAUGUUGCACCCUGAAGCUCAAGAUAAAAUGAGAAAAGAGAUUCACGAAGUCGUGGGUCUUGACCGACUUCCCUCACUAGAGGACAUGCCUAGCCUUCCCUAUGUGCAAGCUGCAAUUUGGGAAAUUUUGAGAGUUGCAAAUUUGGUGCCGUUUACUCCCCCGCACUUUACCACUAAGGACGUUGAGCUUUUUGGAUACACAAUCCCUGCUAACUGUGCUGUUCUGGUGAACUUGUAUUCCGUUUUCAUGGAAGAGGAAUAUUGGAAAGAUCCAGAGGUGUUCAGACCCGAGAGAUUUAUCAAAGAUGGAGUGUGUACAAGAAAUGAACGUCUCAUCUUGUUUGGACUUGGUCCAAGGGCAUGUCUUGGCGAACCUCUAGCAAAAAAUACAUCAUUCUUGUUUCUCACGGCGCUGCUUCAGAAAUACAAAUUUAGUUUGCCAACAGCUCAACCGAAGCCGAACAUGGAUCACUUGCAAGGAUUUACUUCAUCACCCCGACCUUAUCAUAUUAGUGUUACUCCCCUGUAACUUGCAUUUUAACCAAUUUACGUAUUUUCCGUAUUUUCAUAUUUAAUCAAUAGAUGUAGUUAAAUGAUAAAAUAAUGAUGGGAAAUUCCAAAAAAAUAUUUUUGUUUUUAACUAUUAUGGUGUUAUAACUACCAAUAAAAUUAAUAUUUUUUAAAAAU